UUUUACUGUAGCAAGGAGCCUAUGCCUGUAGAAAUAAGCACGUGUCAGCCACCUAUCUGCAUGGAAGUCACACAGACACCCUCAGCUGCACACGUGUCCUAGGGAAGGGCCAGCCACCUACCUUUAAAACCCGGAGUGGAACACACACUGCCAGUGAAGGACCCUGUGCCCACGGCUGUCAGGACUUCACAGCUGUUGUCUUUAGACACGUCCUUUUGUAGAGUACUUUUUCUUAUUUUUUCUUAUAAAAGGAGAAAAUAGCCAUAAAAGAAAUUUGGAAUUCUGUCAUCUCUGUGGAGAUCAUCAUCGUCACCUCAGGAUGGAGCAGGUGAGGCUGCUGGGAGCACUGCUGGCCUUGGCCGGCCUGCUACAGGUGGCCCUGUCUCUGAGAAUUGCAGCCUUCAACAUCCGGACUUUCGGGGAAACCAAGAUGUCCAAUGCCACUCUCUCCAAAUACAUUGUGCAGAUCCUGAGUCGCUAUGACAUUGCCCUGGUCCAGGAGGUCAGAGACAGCCACCUGACAGCCGUGGGGAAGCUGCUGGAUGAACUCAAUCAGGAUGCACCAGACACCUACCGCUAUGUAGUCAGUGAGCCGCUGGGACGCAGCAGCUACAAGGAGCGCUACCUCUUCGUGUACAGGCCUGAUCGGGUGUCUGUACUGGACAGCUACUAUUACGAUGAUGGCUGCGAGCCCUGUGGGAAUGACACCUUUAGCCGAGAGCCAGCCAUUGUCAAGUUCUCCUCCCCAUUCACAGAGGUCAGGGAAUUUGCCAUUGUGCCCCUGCACGCAGCCCCCACAGAUGCAGUGGCUGAGAUUGAUGCUCUCUAUGACGUCUAUCUGGAUGUCAGGCAGAAGUGGGACAUGAAGGACAUCAUGUUGAUGGGUGACUUCAAUGCGGGGUGCAGCUAUGUGAACCCCUCCCAGUGGCCAUCCAUCCGCCUGCGUAUGCACUCUGCCUUCCAGUGGCUGAUUCCUGACUCAGCUGAUACCACGACUACUUCCACACACUGUGCCUAUGACAGGAUUGUGGUCUCAGGAACUCAGCUCCAAGGCGCCAUUGUUCCGGACUCAGCUGCUCCCUUUGACUUCCAGGCUGCUUAUGGCCUGAGUGACCAGCUGGUAUGUGUCCUUCCCUCCCAUACCUACUGCUUUUCCACACAAGAUGGGCCUGGCCUUUCCCUGAAACCCUGAUGGGCUUCAGGCAGCAUAGUUUUAAGCUGUGACUAGAAAGAGUCCUACCAGCUGUUCCCAGGCAGGCCUGGAAGUGAGGCAUGUGGGUCCAGGAGCCACAUGACCUGGAUUCCAUCAGGGAUUCUGUUGCCCUCAGGGAAUCUGGACACUAAUGCCUGGGUGUCCCUGCACCUGCUGUAUGUUUCCCCCCAGGCCCAAGCCAUCAGUGACCACUACCCAGUGGAGGUGACACUGAAGUGA